AAAGUUUGGCUCCGGAGCUGUGAAGGGAGGGGGCGGCCCGGCCCGGCCCGGCCCAGCUCUGCCCCCAGCGGGCCCGACCCCGGCCCCGGCCCGGACCAGUCUUUAUCUGAUCCCAGCUUCGGUUUAAGAGUUCCGGCCCUGCGUCGCACAGCUUCUUCCUCACUCCUGUCCUCCCCAUCCAUCUGUCAGUCCUGCUGCCCAUCCGAAGGGCCACUCCACAAGGACCCAAGAUGACAUCAGUUGCCAAGGUAUAUUACAGUCAGACCACUCAGACAGAAAGUCGGCCCCUAAUGGGCCCAGGGAUACGACGGCGGAGAGUUCUGACAAAAGAUGGUCGCAGCAAUGUGAGAAUGGAGCACAUUGCUGACAAGCGCUUCCUCUACCUCAAGGACCUGUGGACAACCUUCAUCGACAUGCAGUGGCGCUACAAGCUUCUGCUCUUCUCUGCAACUUUUGCAGGCACCUGGUUCCUCUUUGGAGUGGUGUGGUAUCUGGUAGCCGUGGCCCAUGGGGACUUGCUGGAGCUGGGCCCCCCAGCUAAUCAUACCCCCUGUGUGGUACAGGUCCACACACUCACUGGGGCCUUUCUCUUCUCCCUUGAAUCCCAGACCACCAUUGGCUAUGGCUUCCGUUAUAUCAGUGAAGAGUGUCCACUGGCCAUCGUUCUUCUGAUUGCUCAGUUGGUGCUCACCACCAUCCUGGAAAUCUUCAUUACAGGUACCUUCCUGGCGAAGAUUGCUCGUCCCAAGAAGCGGGCUGAGACUAUCCGUUUCAGCCAGCAUGCAGUCGUAGCUGCCCACAAUGGGAAGCCCUGCCUUAUGAUUCGAGUUGCCAAUAUGCGUAAGAGCCUCCUCAUUGGCUGCCAGGUGACAGGCAAACUGCUUCAGACCCAUCAGACCAAAGAGGGUGAGAACAUCCGGCUCAACCAGGUCAAUGUGACUUUCCAAGUAGACACAGCCUCUGACAGCCCCUUCCUCAUUCUGCCCCUUACCUUCUACCAUGUGGUAGAUGAGACCAGUCCAUUGAAAGACCUCCCCCUUCGCAGUGGUGAGGGUGACUUUGAGCUGGUGCUGAUCCUAAGUGGGACAGUGGAAUCCACGAGUGCCACCUGCCAAGUGCGUACUUCCUACCUGCCAGAGGAGAUCCUUUGGGGCUAUGAGUUCACACCUGCCAUCUCACUGUCAGCCAGUGGCAAAUACAUAGCUGACUUCAGCCUUUUUGACCAAGUUGUGAAAGUGGCCCCUCCUAGUGGCCUACAUGACAGCACUGUACACUACGGAGACCCCGAAAAGCUCAAGCUGGAGGAAUCAUUCAGGGAACAAGCUGAGAAGGAGGGCACUGCCCUUAGUGUACGCAUCAGCAACGUCUGAUUGCUUGGUUCCCCACCUCCCUAUCCCUCUGGUCUUGCUUUCUUUAUUGGCACUCUGGGAUAUUACCCAGGCCUACUGGAGAGUUCCAGAAGCACCCAUUCCCACUCCCUCUCCUUUAACCCAGAGGCCUGUGGGAAGUGUAGACCAACUGGAGUCCAAGUUUUUCUCCCAUCCUCCCCUUUCACCUCACCCUACUUCUACCACAUUAUACAACACCCCCACCCUGAAACCAGGAUUGGGGAAAGAGAGGGAAGAUUAGGCUGAAAGGCUUGGAGGCCUCAGCCAUGGUGGGAGGCUCACAUUAGGAAGACCAUGCAGUUGGAUGGAUUGACUCCCCUCCCCACCUCCCAUCACCACCAGAAAGUUUGGUGAUUUGAGGCUGGGAUCCCCUCCCUCUCUAACUUUCUACCUAGCAAGUUCCCCAAGGCAAUAUUCUGUGAGGAUCCCCUUAGGGUCUGUGUCCUCAGAAAUAUAGGAAUCUGGAAUCAAUUUAUACUGAAGUCUCUACCAACCUGUUGAAAGAAGUCAUGGUUUUUCAUGGUGAAUUUUUGUUGGUAACUCCUGACUUAAUGUAGGAUCUUGGUCAUCACUAUUUUCCACUUUGUAGUUUCUAAAGUGGACCAUCAGUAUACUCAGUUCUCUCAUUGACGCCUCUGCUCCUAGAGAAUUGGGUUGACCCAGGAAACAGAAAACCUAGUCACAACCAUCACACCUGUACCCACCCUGGAUUCUGAACUCUUCAUUGUGGAAUGACCACUGCAGAGCUACUGUCCAAAUCCCUGAACGUGCCCUCCAGGUUAAUCUGGGAGGAUUGUUUUCCCUGUGUCCUAUGAAUGGAAUGUCCCUCACCAAUAUGUUCCCCUGGGAAAAAGUUCAGUGCCUAGACCCCAAGGAAAGGUCUGGAAAUAGUGUUCCAGAUUACACUGCCCUUGGCUUCUCUUCUUUCCUGCCUAGCCCACCAUUUCCUUAACCCCAACACUUCAGAGGAAGUGGGGGUGAGGGGCUGGGGUGGGAAUGCAAGGGCCUCCCUCUCUUAACACUGAUGUUUGACUAAAACUAGACUCACAGAGCACAGAGUUCCCAGGAAAGUUAAACCAACCAGACCAAGUGGGAUGAGUAAAUUCUCAGAUUUCCAGACUGGUAUAUAGAGCCUCUGGGAAUUGGGGAUGCUUUGUUAAGGUUUGGGCAGAGGCACAACUCUGUGGCUGGCAGACACUAUUCUCCCUGUUACCCUUCCCAGUGUCCUUCUGAAGAGUGCCAGGUAUUUCAUUAGGCAAUGCUGGGAGGGAAGGAAAUUAUACCUCCUGAUCAAUUAACCAUGGUCUCCCUCAGCCAUUCCUGAGACUUGGUAUAAAGUGAGUAUCAGUCUCAUUUCUACUUUCCUUUGCCAUGAGGCCAGUUUCAGGCAAGUUAAAAUGCAUACUUUAAGAGAUCAGACUCAGGCCAUUCCUUGUUCUCUGGUGGGGACUGUGGUAGGGGGUCAGGAAGGGUAUAUGGGCACCAGAACUUUUUUAGAUACCUGAAAUCCCAAGAGUACUUCCUGGUCUCAUUUAAGUACCAGGGGACCUCCCACCCCCAACACAAAGUGGUUUGGUAUAGAGUCCCUAUAUGAAUCAAGUGGCAGUUUCAGGUGGACUCAGCCAAUCGUUACAAGCUACACACUUCUACAGAAUAUGUAUAUGCACCUGUGUGCAGACCCUUGCAGAGAAACUCACAAAAUUUUGAGGCUGGACUUACGGUCACCAGUUACUACAAUUGCACAAGAUCUUCUUAUAUUGAUCUCUCCUUGAACUCUAAUUAUGUCUUGAAGACCCUUUGUUCUCUAUUUAUGGUAAACCCCACCAUUACUCCCUUGCUCUUGAGAAAGUAAGAACCAGAAAAACUUGAAAAUCUGAAACAGAAUAGAAGGCAAAGAAUCAGCUUCUGGGCUCUCAACUUUAUUCACUGUUAGAUGUACCUGAUUUCUUUCAAUGUGUAAGGGCAAAAAGUACUGCAGUGUGUGUCUCCUUAUCUGUUAGCAAGUUAUCCUCAAUCUAGUUUCUUUCAAUGUGUAAGGGCAAAAAGUACUGCAGUGUGUGUCUCCCUAUCUGUUAGCAAGUUAUCCUCAAUCUAGUCUCUUCAGCACACAGCUACUUCCCUUGUAAGGGAAUUACUCUCUUCCCACCCCCUGAUGUCUAUUCAAAUCCCGCAUAUUCUCCUCACAUAUUUGGAUAACAAAAUGAGAGCAUUUUCUGACUUUGAUUCUCCAACAUGAUCUCAGACUUUGCUCUAAAUUGCACUUUAAAUCAUACUGACUUUUUAAUACAACCUGGCUUAUUCUCCCAUACUUCCCCUUCCUUCACUCUCCAGAACGACACCCCACCCUGUCAACCCUAAACAGCUCUUUAGACUAUGGCCUGUUUCCUCUGAGCUGAAAUCCUCUUUCAGGCUAUCAGAUAGGCUUUAGAAGCAGCCAGAUCUGGUGAGAAAUGAGGCCCCUGACCACACCAACCAUAGACUUGGCAUGUCAGGAGAGCACUAGGCACAGAUGUGAAAGGGAGGGAUUCCAGAGGAUGGGCAGAACAACUGAUGACAGCAAUACAAAAGAUGAGAAAGUGUGCUACUGAGGAACUUAGUAAAAUCAAUGAAAUCCUUGAAUUUUAUGUGAGCUAGCAAACGAGAGGUAAGUGGAGGCUUGGGAAAUUAGGAUGAUAUAUAUGAAAGAUUUAUCUAGAAAAACAAAUUAUAUAUAUAUAUAUAUAUAUAUAUAUAUAUAUAUGUAGAGAGAUGUAUAUAGAUGUGCAUAAAACCAGAUAUACUGAAUGUACAGAAAGGAAGUGUUCAGACAUCUUAGCAUGGAGGCAGAUAUCUUGCUCUGGUUUUGAGAUAGGACUCCCCAGAUUUCCAAAUUUAACAACCAGUAAUCAUAGUUUCAAUAUGAAAGUGAGAUACCUGACUAUGGGAAAGAGAGUGGUGGAAGCUUCCAUUCAGAAAUAAGAUUCAUCCAUUGAGGCUUCUGAUAAAGCCUGUGUUGCUGAUAAGACCAGGGAGACAGGAGAAAAAUGGAGACAUUCCAUCCAUAGAAAUCUAGGAGGAUUCCUACUUAUGUUGUUCUCCCAUCCCCAGAAGUGUCCUGUCACUGUAGCACUGUUUAAAACUACUAAAUAAAAGCAUCCUUCUGUUUCCUUCUCUUGGAGUACACGGAAUUUCCUCUUCUUCCACAAGGGUGGGGGCAACUGCAGCUCCAGUCCCUGGAGGCAAUGGCUAUUCAACUGAGAAGAUGGACACUUGAUGUGCAGAGGCACUAAAGAGGAGCCUAGACUCUAGAACCCAAAGGCCAGAAUGAAAGAAGUAUUGGGCCCAAGAUACUCCCAAGGCAGAGGCUCAGCCCUUUAUGUGACUGUAAGCAGCCCAAAGAGAAUGCUGUCUAUGCUAGAGGUGUCCUGAGUCCCAAUCCUGGCAAGUUAAAAGGUAUACUUUUAUGUCUUUUAGGCAUGGGGGCAUGGUGCUUUAACGUUGUUGCUUCUGUAUGAAAAUGAGUGGGGCUACCAGCUGCCCUAGAGGAUCAUGCAGUUUCAUGAGAAGCUUCUGAAAUUCCUACUCUGUGCUUCAUAUCACUAUUCCCUCAACCUCUGUCAGCUAAUAAGACCAUCCAGAGAUUUCCCUAUAAGGCCUUAGCAGAGAAAGGAAGCCAGUUUUACUAUUGCUACAAGCUAGAGCCACUGCUCUUUCCUCAAGGCUGCUACCCUGGUCCUUUACCCCUGCUAUUUAACCUAAAUUAUUUGUAAAACAACACUAUGUUUGCUGUAAAUUUAGCACAAGCCUUCAAGCUCAGUAAUGGCCAACUCUACUGAAGCAAAAGUAUCUAGGGAUAGUUUUCCCAUCCAUUGCAUUCAAGUAGGUCAAAUUUACCUAGGAAAAAGAUGUGUGAGACUUUUUUUGGUUUACUUUAUUUUUGUCUGUUCAGAAAAGCUACUAAAUAAAGUGCAUGAAUCUCUGUUCUUCACUUUAGCUUCUUUUAGAAAUCCAAACUCAAUCCUAUCAUUAAGGUCUGAACUCACAGGUUUACCUGGAAAGGAGGUUGAAUUUGGCUGUACUGGAAGAACUUCUUAUCAUGUGACCACCCUUUUUCCAUUCAAUGCUUUUAUCCAUUCCUUCUAUACCUUUCCUACACCUCCCCUCAUUAACUUUAGGAUCCUUUAUUGGACACCUUUCAAACUCAGUUUUUAAAGAACAAGUUUUUUUUUCUUUUCUUUAAGUUAAGACCCAGAAAUCUGAUAUUGGCUCAGCUUAAUCCAGGAAAGUCAAGUUGUCUUAGAUCCUGGGCACUGUGCCUUUUGCCAGUGAUCACAUGCCCAACUUCUGUUCCAUGUUACUAUGUAGAUAUUCCUUAUAUAUACUCAAGGCUCUAUAAGCCUAUUCAAUUACUAAUUGCUGGGCAUUUCUUCCCCCAAGCUGCAAAGAAAUGGAUUUCUCUUUUACUGUUAUCUAUCAUGACCCUGAAAAAGAUCUGGUUCAGUAUUUAGCCCUAAAUUCUCUCUGAGAGGAGGUGCAACAGAUCCCAUAGUCACUGACUCUUGUUCCUCCGAAAUGGGAGGACCGAAGAAUGAUGGAGAAAAAAUUGGGACUCUUAAUCAUCAUCAAUAAAUACUUAUCUACAUUUGGAAAACACUAGUUUAGUGAUGACUCAUAUGACAUGUAUCAUAUAUAAGAUAUAUGAAAUAUAGUCCCUUAAAGUUUGAAGAAACUUACAAACUUAUGAGGAAUAACAAGUAGCUAAAAUAACAAGUAGCACACACUAAGGGCCAGAUAUAUCAUUAACAAUAAGUUCCAAAGAUUGAGAUCGAUGUGGGAAACAUUUCACAGGGACAGGCACUAGGCAAGGAAUGGUAUCAGUGUAAGAUUCUGGUUAGAACACAUUUGACAUAAGAUUCAAGAAAAAAAAUUAGCAAAUAUGGAGUCCCUAUUAGGUGGAAGGUACCAUUUAAGUAACAACAAAAA